UUUGGCGAACAGCUAUAUUUCUUUUUUCUUUUUCGCUCUCAGACAUCAUCUCUCGGGUUUGGUGUUUUUUUUUUCUUUUUCUCUCUGACGAUGUUCACGCUCCAAUCACUCAAGGCUUCGGGGAGAGACCUCUUUCUCCUCGAGAGCGCCGUCGUUAUCUCGUACCAAACACCGAGAAUCCCUCCCCCACUAAUCUCAGAUCUGGUGAUUGGACCGACCGGGAUGCGAGUGUGCGUCCCGAGGAAGUGAGGGUUCCCCAUGUACUGUCUACUAUGCGGUCAAGGAUUUUGCACAAUGGCAGUGGAGGAGGCCGGGGAUUGGUGCUGACCGAGACACCUUUUCGAUUCUACGAUUUCGGGACGCACCUAUCACACGGAUCCAGCGAUGACUAUUGGACGCCCCGGGUACGGCAUCGCGCCGACUCGGUAUCGAGAGCGACGACAUGUGCCGAUGGACCUCGAUAUCCCUCGCCUCUACGAGAUCGAGGCCGUCCCAAGUCAGCCAUUCUUUUUCUUUUCUUUUUUUUUUCUUCUUGCUUUCUCUCGAGCCGCAGAGGGAAGCAGAGCAGGGAAAGAGGUUAUCCCCCCCCCCCCCCCCCGGCAUGGGAAUCAGGCGAUUGUCUACCUUGCCCAGGCCCAUUUCCACUUGACAGGUCAGUUAUGGGUGGCAUCGAACCCAUCGGCCCGCGGGCGUGUCAAGACACCCAAAUACAACCUGCCGCCGAGCCCGUCUCUCUCCAACACCUGGCGUUGGCACGGGAUGGGUGGAGGGGGGGUGGGAGAGGGAGUGGGUUGUUUACGAUCCAUGGCGUUAUGGCGUUUUGUUUCUGAUUGUUCUGCAGCAUCGUAUGCUGUUGUAGAUGGCGUUACCGCUCCCGCC